AUGGAGUCCCUUCAAUUAAUUGUACUAUUCCUAACCACCCUCUUUCUCCUCCAAUCAAGUUUUGCAGUUGAUUUCUCCUUCACUGGUUUCAACUCAUCUGAUAUCUUGCUCUAUGGAAAUGCAACCACAGAUUCUGGUGUUCUCUCUCUCACAACCAACACCACAUUUUCCAUGGGCAGAGCUCUCUACAAUGCCAAGGUUCCCACAAGGUAUCCAGAUUCCAUAAACCUUUUGCCUUUUACCACCUCUUUCACCUUUUCCAUAGCCCCAUACGAGGACUCUGUCCCUGGCCACGGAUUCGUCCUUGUUUUCGUUCCCUCUCCAGGCAUCCAAUCCGCCUCUCCAUCCCAACAUCUCGGCUUCUUGAACAAUACCAAUAACGGUAACCCCAACAACCACGCUUUUGGGGUCGAAUUUGAUGUGUUCCAGAACAAAGAAUUCGGUGACAUCAACGAUAAUCACGUCGGCGUUAACGUCAAUUCUCUAAUUUCUCUGGCUUCUUACAACGCUGGAUACUGGCUUGGUGACGGCAGUAACAUUACUGACUUGUCUUUCAAGGAAAUAAAGCUGAGUAGCGGAGACAACUAUCAAGCUUGGAUUGAGUACUGGAAUUACCAGCUCAGCAUAACAUUGGCUCCUGAAAAUGUGAAGAAGCCUGAGAGGCCUUUGAUUAGUGUUCCUCUUGAUCUCACUCAAGUUUUUCUUGAUGAAAUGUAUGUUGGUUUCACUGCAUCAACCGGCCAACCAAUUGAAGAUCAUAAAAUUCUGAACUGGAGCUUCAAUAAUUGA